GUACCUCCGGGCCGGCGCUGCGAGGGUUCCUGCGGCUGCCCAGGAGACGAGGCGCCCGGGGCCAUGAGCGUGGGCUUCAUCGGCGCUGGCCAGCUGGCCUGUGCGCUGGCGCGCGGCUUCACGGCCGCAGGCAUCUUGUCCGCUCACAAGAUAAUAGCCAGCUCCCCCGAAAUGGAUCUGCCCACGGUGUCGGCGCUCAGGAAGCUGGGUGUGCAUCUGACCCGCAGCAACAAGGAGACGGUGCUCAACAGUGAUGUCCUGUUCCUGGCGGUGAAGCCACACAUCAUCCCCUUUAUCCUGGAUGAGAUCGGAGCCGAUGUCAAGGACAGGCACAUCGUGGUCUCCUGUGCGGCCGGUGUCACCAUCAACUCCGUGGAGAAGAAGCUGAUGGCUUUCCAGCCGGCCCCCAAGGUGAUUCGCUGCAUGACCAACACGCCUGUGGUGGUGCGGGAGGGUGCCACCGUGUACGCCACGGGCACUCAUGCCCUGGUGGAGGAUGGGCACCUCCUGGAGCAGCUCAUGAGCAGCGUGGGCUUCUGCACCGAGGUGGAGGAGGACCUGAUUGACGCCGUCACGGGGCUCAGCGGCAGCGGUCCUGCCUACGCUUUCAUGGCCCUGGAUGCAUUGGCUGAUGGCGGGGUGAAGAUGGGCCUCCCGCGGCGCCUGGCAGUCCGACUAGGGGCCCAGGCCUUGCUGGGAGCUGCCAAGAUGCUGCUGGAUUCAGAGGAGCACCCAGGCCAGCUCAAGGACAAUGUUUGCUCCCCUGGGGGUGCCACCAUCCACGCCUUGCACUUCUUGGAGAGUGGGGGCUUCCGGUCCCUGCUCAUCAAUGCCGUUGAGGCCUCCUGCAUCCGAACACGGGAGCUACAGUCCAUGGCUGACCAAGAAAAGAUCUCUCCAGCUGCCCUCAAGAAGACCCUCCUGGACAGAGUGAAGCAGGAAUCGUCCACAGUGUCCACGCUGACCCCCUCCAACCCAAGGACGCUCCUCACAAGAAGCCCAGCCCUGGGAGGCAAGAAGGGCUAAGGCAGCCUCCACCUGCUCUGUGGUCCAGGGCCCUCAGCUGAGGGGCCUUGUCCCACCCACACACGCACACCCAGUCCCCAGUCAUGUAUGCCAAGGGCAGCCUCUGGUAGCUUCCAGGUUCUUGUGAUAAAAACCUCCUUAAACCUGUUCAGAUCAGCCCAUUCUGAUAAGCGGCACUGGUUACCUGUCCUGUCCCAUGUGGAAAGAUGCUCCAGAGGGGUGGUGGGUGCUGGAAGCCAGAUGAACCCUGCACACCUCCAGUGUUGGCAGAGAGAGAGGCUGGACUUCAGCCCCAGCCAGACAGGAAAGUCUGGGGAGGACUUUAACUAGGGUACAUUGUAGCCUAAUACAGGGUCAGUUUCGAUGUCAAAUAAGGAAGUGAGAGAUGAAACUGUGGUAUGGAUUUUUCUCUUUGAAUUCAUAAAGGGAAAAGAAGUAAGCAACUUAGAAUUUCACAGUCGAUCAGAAAUGUACCAAAUUAGACUAUCCUUGUAUGGAGCCCUGGUGGCAUUGUGGUUAAGAGCUAUAGCUGCCACCCAAAAGGUCAGCAGCUCAAAUCCACCAGCCGCUCCUUGAAAACCUUAUGGGGUAGUUAGUUCUCUGUCCUGUAGGGUCAUUAUGAGUACGAAUCGACUUAACGGCAACGGGUUUGGUUUUGGUUUUAUUUGUGUCUCUUACUCCAUAGAUGUGCCGUUUAAAAAGUGCUGUUCAGAGCUGUUACAUUUAGCUGUUUUAAUAAAGCUUUAUUUUCUUGCUUU